AUGCAGACUAUCGAAAAAGCAUUGCAUCAACCUAUGCCUUUUACAACUGGCGGACAAACUAUUUCUGAUCGGUUUGUUAUUUUUCUUUACUUUACAAGGAAACCUUUUUAGAAUCACUCAAAAAUUCGAUAAAACUUUUACAGUAAAUAUGAGGAUGAAGAUUAACAUUGGCAUCGUUUUCUGAAAUUUUUGAACAAAAAUGGAAUUAUUUUUGUUUACGUGAAAAUUGAAUUUUGCGUGACCUGGUUUCGAUCCACAUUUCUCACAUCGAAAACGUUUUUCCAUUUCUUGUGUGAUUUCAAAAAAAUUUCCCUUUUUUUUUCAAAUAAACUCACGAAGAAUUAACUGUUUUAUAGUUUGACUGCUGCAAAACAUUCAUUGGCCGGAAGUCAACUUGGGAAAACAAUAUGCAAAGCGACAACCGAAGAAAUUAUGGCACCAAAGAAGAAACAUUUGGAUUGUAAGUUUUUUCAAGAAAUUUGAUUAAAAAAGAGGCACAGUGUGCCAUUUACUAACCCAAAUCGCUAAGUUUCAAAUUUUUUCCAAUGUGUGAGGGUUUUACACAUUCUGGGUUAUUUCAAAUAUUCCUAAUUAAUUAAAAGUUUCAUUAAAUUUUUGCAGAUCUUCUUCAUUGCACAAAUGAGCCAAAUGUUUCGAUUCCAUCAAUGGCAAAUUCAUUGAUCGAAAGAACUCAAAAUCCAAAUUGGACAGUUGUUUAUAAAGCUUUGAUUACAAUUCAUAAUAUAAUGUGUUAUGGAAACGAAAGAUUCUCACAAUAUUUGGCAUCUUGCAAUACAACUUUUAAUUUGACAGCAUUUGUUGAUAAAAAUUGUGCUGCAAGUGGAUAUGAUAUGUCAAAUCAUGUUAGAAGAUAUGCAAAAUAUAUUAGCGAAAAGAUCAAUACUUAUCGUAUGUGUGCUUUUGACUUCUGCAAGGUUUGUGUGAUUUAUUUGAAAUUUGAAAUAGUAUUGAUUUUUGAAUAGGUGAAACGUGGAAGAGAAGAUGGUUUAUUGAGAACUAUGCACACUGAUAAAUUAUUGAAAACAAUUCCAAUUUUACAAAAUCAAAUUGAUGCAUUAUUGGAAUUCUCAGUAACACCUUCAGAAUUGAACAAUGGUGUUAUUAAUUGCUCAUUUAUUCUUCUUUUCCGUGAUUUGAUUCGUUUAUUCGCUUGUUAUAAUGAUGGAAUUAUCAAUGUUCUCGAAAAAUAUUUCGAUAUGAAUAAGAAACAAUGUCGCGAUGCACUCGACACAUACAAAUCAUUUUUGACUCGACUCGACAAAGUUGCCGAAUUCUUGCGAGUCGCCGAAACUGUCGGAAUUGAUCGAGGAGAAAUUCCGGAUUUGACACGUGCACCGGCGAGUCUUCUCGAAGCAUUGGAAUCACAUUUGAUUCAUUUGGAAGGCGGAAAAGCGCCACCACAAAUGCAUCAUCAACAACCACCACAUCAAACAAUUGCACAACAACAAUUCACCAAUUUCUCAUUUACUCAACAACCGUCAGUUGCUGAAGCUGAAAGACAAAGGUUUGUUCAGUUUUAUUUGAAAUUAAGCUGGAAAAAUGGACGAAGGCCCUAUCAACGCGUUAUUCUUUUUGUCAACUAAAAUAAAAUGUGUAUAUUUCUAGAUAUAUCGAACUCGAACAAGAACGUCUUCGUCAAUUCGAAGAACAAAAGAAAUCGAAUCCAUUUGUGGCAGAUGUUGUUUCUUCAUCCGGUGGUCAAUCAUCAGCUGCACCUGAUCUUCUGGAUAUGUUCCAAACAUCAAAUGUUCAAACAACUGCUGCAGAUCCAACAAAUCCAUUCACAGCCUUUUCUGCUGCUCCAGUUCAACCAACUUAUGCAAAUACCGGUAAGCAAUUUAUUGCUGGAAAUUGUUCGAAAUAUCUGGGUGAAAAUAUUUAGAUUAGAAAAUUUCUGCAAUCCGACAAUUGUUUUUAUUGAUUGAUUUUGAAAAUUACUAGUGAAUUAUAAAGUUAAUUCGACCUUCUGAAAGUUUUCGGUUUUAAUCCUUUUUUUCAAGAUUACUUUUGGGUAAUGAAAUUUCAAAAACGUGUGAUAAUUUUUUUCACGAAAAUUUGUGAAUAAUCUUGUUUAAAAAUAUAAAUUUCAAAAACUUCGGCGAUUUUUAAUUUCAUUAAUUUCAUUAAUUUUUUUCAUUCUUAAAAUUUUUAAAAAUCAGGAAAGUAUAUGAUCCUUUUUAUCAUAUACUGGAAUUUAAGAAUUUUCGGAAAUUUUCGAAAUUUUUUAUGAAAUUUUUUGAAUCUGUUGAUUUUCAAGUUUUUUCGAAAUGUUCCAAAUAUAUUCUUAUAGUUGCUGCAACAAACAAUACUCCAUUUGGAAUGCCACAACAACAACAAGCAUUCUAUGGUAAUAUGCCAACUGCUGCUGCUUCUGCUGGUAUGUUUUGUUAUUAUCGUGAUUAUUAUUAGCGGUUAUUGUUAUUGUUUGCAUGUAAACCCUGUUGUUGUUGUUUAUCUAUAUAUUGAAAUUGAAUGCUUUUUAUUGAUUUGUAUUCUAUCUCGCGUUAUUUCCGCUUGUAGUUGGUCGAUUGAUUGGUUGUUCCUUGUGGUCGAUUUGCUUGCUUUGAAAAUCAUUAAUAUUUCUCUUUCAAAAAUUCACCCUUUUUGAGAAACGGAAAAUCCGUUUAUCACAUCAACUUCUUCUGUUCCCGUUGCUGCUCAUCAUGCUCCACCAGUUCCUCCGCCACCAACAGCUUCAGCUAUUUCUGCUGCGCAUCCAUCACAAUCUGUCGCUGCACCAAUUAAUCCAUUUAUGGAUAAUAAUGUUCAAUCUCAAGUUCCACAAGGAACACCAUUUGAUCCACAAGGUUAGACACUAAAAUCUAUCUUUUUUUCGUUUGUUUUGAGCGAGUCUUUCACUAAUUUCUCUUUCUGCUUAAAAACAUUCGAAGAAUUUCUAAAAUCUCCGUUUAUUUUUGACGGUACAAGGUUUUCUGAAACGAAAAUUAAUUACAAUAUUAUGAUUUUAAUCAACAUUAUAACACAGUUUUUCAGAUACUAAUUUUUAGAAACACAAAAAAAUAAGAACAUUUUUCUACCACGAUGGUGAAAUUGUUUAAUUUUCAAAACCAAUCUUUAUUUUUAUAGCUCCAUUUGGUUACAAUGGCUCAGCAACACAACCAGAUGAUUUGGCCAGAAUGACAGCUCAAAUGUCACUAAAUCAACAAUCUGGAGCACCAGCAUGGAAUGCUGCAUCAGUUGCUUCGAAUAAUCCGUUUGGAGCACCAGGAGCUAUGUAUACAGCACCAAUGGGAGCAUAUCCACAACAAUUUGCACAACCAAUGUGGAAUCAACAAAUGGGUUAGUUUUUGAAUGGAAAUUUUUGAGGGGCAAAGAAAAAUGGACAAACAGAAAAUUUUUUUGGAAUGCUCCAGGCUUUUUGAGAAAAAUUAUCCUGGAAGUUUUGUAUACCAAUAUUUCAAGUGUCCCCCAUAAAAUACAAAAUAAUUAUUUACGAAAACUUUUAUUUCUAGCAUAUGGUCAACAAUUUCCAUUCCAACAACCAGGCCAAAUUCCAUAUCAACAACAACAAGCACAGGUUUGUUUUUUAUUCAUUUUUCGAAAAUUAAAAGUUCAAGCAAUUUUUACACACUUUUAUCUUUUUCUCUCUCUCUUAUCUCUUAAUCAAUAUUAUCUUUUCUUUUCUUUCACAGGUUCAACUAGUCAAUCAAGCAGCAGCGAAACAACAACAAGCGCAACAACAAGCUGCAACUGAUCCAUUUUCCACGUAG